CUCUGCGACAUUGCAGCAGCAAAAGAACUUGCGCAGGAGCAUCACUAGCUAGCUAGGAAGCUUUUGUUGAUCAUUGCUGCGAUGGAGGCCUUGCUGGACAAUGCCGCCACUGCCGAGCAGGAUCGGGAGCAGUACCGUGGGGUGAGGAAGAGGAAGUGGGGAAAGUGGGUGUCGGAGAUCAGGGAGCCCGGCAAGAAGACGCGCAUCUGGCUGGGCAGCUUCGAGUCGCCGGAGAUGGCCGCUGUGGCGCACGACGUGGCCUCGCUCCGGCUGCGCGGGAGAGAGGCCAGGCUCAACUUCCCGGACAUCGCCCAUCUCUUCCGCAGGCCGGCCACCGCCGAGCCCGACGACGUCCGGGCGGCGGCGCUGGAGGCCGCGGCUCAGGUGCGGUUCAGGCCCGACCUCCUGCUGCAGACCGGCGGCUGUGGCAGAGGCGGCAGCUGCUCCCCGGACUUGCUCGAUGACGUGGCCUGGGAUGUCAUGCUCGGCGCUGAUGAUCUGGAGGCCCAGUCGCCCAAAAUGUGGGCUGAGCUGGCUGAGGCCAUGCUGUUGGCCCCACCUGUCUGGGAGGGCAGUGCCGUAGACAAUGACGAGUGGGCCAAUGGCUCGCUCUGGGACCCAUCUUGCUGGAGCUACUAA